GUCCUUUUCCCGUAUUGGCUGAACGGAUGGCGGCGGCGCUAAAGCGGGCGAUGGGCGAAGCUGGGGCCACGCCCGCUGCCCCGGCCCCGGUCCCGGCGCUGGUCUUGGGCCCGCCCCGCUCGGGCCGCUCGGCGCUGCUAAUGCGGGCGGCGCUGGCCUCGGCCGGGCCCAGGACCCGCGUACUCUUCCUGGCGCCCUGCGCGCUACAGCAACUGCCCGGAGUCCCGGCCGGAGCAGGCGCUGCGCAUGCGCUACAGCACGUGCAGUUCCUGUACCCGCCGUCGCUGCGGGCGCUGCUGCCCCUGCUGGCCGCCCUGCCCGGGGCGUUGCCCCGCAGCCCUGCCCUGCUGCUGCUGGACGGUUUGGAGCACUACGUGGCUGCCUGCCCCUGCCCGCGGGGGGCUGCCCGCCUCGCCGCCCUGCUGGUGGACACCGCUGUGGCCUGUGCCACCUGCCCGCACACCCCGGGUCUCGGCUGCCAGCUCAUCGCCUCCGUCUGCAGUUCCAGGACCCCCGAUGCUGCCCAGCGCCUGGCCGCCCUCGUCCGUUACUUCCCGGCCCGCUGUCAGCUCAGCCCUGCUCCAGGGGAGGAGGGUCCUGGGCAGGCAUGGACGGCCCACUUGUGCCAGGCGGGGGCCCCCAGCCACACCUGGACGAUCCUCUUCAGCCCCCAUGGGGAGCUGAGCAUGGCCCCAGCACCUGGAGAGGAGGCCCUGGGGCUGGGGGGCAGCUGGGGGGAGGGAAGGGAGCACAAUCGGGAGCCAGCAGGGGAGGAUUGAGGUUCAACCCCUGUCUCCCAGAUCCUGCCCCUGAGCUGGCUGGUUCUGUGGAGCUGGGGUUGGGGGGGUUGCAGCUGGAGCUGGAUGUUAGGGUUAUAGCACCCAUGUGUGCCCAGCUCUGGGGACACCAGAGCUGCUCCCAGACCAGCUGGGAGUGGAGGUGGGGGGCUUUUGGGCUGGAAGAUGUAUGCAGAGCCCCAUCUCUUCCCUGAGCUGAAGGAACCAAGGCAUUCGAGUUCCCAGCCCCCAGGCUCUCCCCACUCUUACCCGUCCACACCACAGGCAUCCAGUGUGGUUGUCAGAGUGCCAUGGCUCUAACCUGGCUGGGGCUGACCCUGGGCUGUGGGGAUGGGGAAAAGAGGGCAGCUGCAGGUUCCCCCCCCUCCCCCCCAGCAGCCUGAUGGGCCCCUGAGAGAGAGGAAGGGCUGGGCCUGAGGGCCCUGAUCCCUGCAGUGUCCCUGCCUAGGCUGGGGCUGGGCCUCCCCAGAUGGGGCCUGGUGAUAAGGCCCCAGCGAUCUGCGCCCUGCAGAUAAGUGCUAUCAGCAGGGAGAGGCCUCCUGGGUCGAACGGUUCUGAGGAUGGAGGAGGGGCCCACAGUCAUGCCAGUGGCCACCACCCUCCCAGAGCUGGAGGAAACCCAGGCAUCCAGGCUCCCAUCCCCUGCUUAGCCCAACAGCCCCCUGCAUCCUCUCCCAGAGCUGUAGGGAACCCAGGAAUCCCAGUUCAAAGCUGCUGCUUAACCCCCCAGCCCUCACUCCCCUCCCAGAGCUGGAGAGAAUCCAGGCUCCCAGACCUGUUCCCCCCCAAGCCAUCUCAAUACAGAAAACCUCCAUUUC